AUGGCCCGAGAUGAUGCGCCGCCGCCUGCCAAAAGGCAGAAGAGUUCCCUGCCAGCGCCGCUCCGGGACGCAAAGCGACAAGAUAUCGACAACUGGGAGACAAACCGUAUGCUAACGUCCGGUGUCGCGCAACGACGAGAGUUUACCGGCGAUUUUACUCCCGAUGACGAUGAAGGAACGCGAGUGCACUUGUUGGUGCACGAUUUGCGCCCGCCAUUUCUCGACGGUCGUACGAUUUUCACAAAGCAGUUAGAACCUAUAUCUGCCGUGCGGGAUCCGCAGAGUGAUAUGGCCGUUUUUAGUAGGAAGGGGAGUAAAGUCGUUAGAGAACGGAGACAGCAGAGAGAACGACAAAAGCAAGCUCAGGAAGCUACCACGAUGGCCGGGACGGCAUUGGGCAAUCUAAUUGGUAUAAAGGAAGAUGAAGGAGAUAGCGCUGUGGCAGCUCCUAUCGAAGACGUCUAUAAGAACACGAACAAAUUUUCCCAGCAUUUGAGGAAGGAUGAAGGCGGUGCUAGUGCUUUCAGCAAAAGCAAGACAUUGCGCGAGCAGCGAGAGUAUCUACCUGCCUUUGCCGUGCGAGAAGAUUUGCUCCGCGUGAUUCGAGACAAUCAGGUCAUAGUUGUAGUUGGUGAGACUGGAUCCGGGAAAACCACCCAGUUGACUCAAUUUUUGUACGAGGAUGGAUAUGGCAAACAAGGUAUGAUUGGCUGUACGCAACCUCGUCGAGUGGCGGCUAUGAGUGUAGCCAAACGUGUGAGUGAGGAAAUGGGAGUCGACUUGGGGGAUCUUGUCGGUUAUGCAAUUCGAUUCGAGGAUUGCACGAGCGACAAGACUGUUAUAAAAUAUAUGACGGAUGGUGUGCUGCUGAGAGAAUCGCUGGUCCAACCCGAUCUCGACAAAUACUCGUGCAUUAUUAUGGACGAAGCGCACGAACGUGCAUUGAAUACAGAUGUCCUAAUGGGCUUGAUCAAGAAAGUGCUGGUCAGAAGGAGAGAUCUGAAAUUGAUCGUCACAUCUGCGACAAUGAACUCGGAACGAUUUUCACGGUUUUUUGGUGGUGCUCCAGAAUUCAUCAUCCCCGGCCGUACCUUUCCCGUUGAUAUUCAAUUUUCGCGCUCACCUUGUGAAGACUAUGUGGACAGUGCUGUCAAGCAGGUUCUUGCAAUCCACGUCUCUCAGGGACCGGGCGAUAUAUUAGUGUUUAUGACCGGACAAGAAGAUAUCGAAGCUACAUGUGAACUAGUCGAAGAGCGACUGAAGAUGUUAAAUGAUCCGCCAAAGCUGAGCAUUCUUCCCAUCUACAGCCAAAUGCCUGCAGAGCAGCAAGCAAAGAUUUUCGAACGAGCCGCACCCGGAGUCAGAAAAGUCAUUGUGGCAACGAAUAUUGCCGAGACGAGUUUAACUGUCGAUGGAAUUAUGUAUGUGGUUGACUCGGGAUAUUCUAAACUGAAAGUCUACAACCCCCGUAUGGGUAUGGAUACACUUCAGAUUACGCCGAUAUCUCAAGCGAAUUCAGGCCAACGUGCUGGACGAGCCGGACGAACGGGUCCAGGUAAAGCCUUUAGGCUAUACACAGAGCAAGCAUUCAAAAACGAGCUCUAUAUUCAGACCAUUCCAGAGAUACAGCGAACCAGCUUGGCUAAUACAGUGUUGUUGUUGAAAUCGCUUGGGGUCAAAGACCUUCUAGACUUUGAUUUCAUGGAUCCUCCUCCACAGGAGACGAUAUCCACUUCAUUAUUCGAAUUGUGGUCUCUGGGAGCGUUGGACAAUCUGGGAGAUUUGACGCCACUGGGUCGUCGGAUGACUCCAUUUCCUAUGGAUCCGUCAUUAGCGAAAUUAUUGAUUACUGCAUCUGAAGAGUAUGGAUGCAGCGAAGAGGUAUUGACAAUUGUGUCUAUGCUCUCGGUACCAAAUGUUUUCUUCCGCCCCAAAGAACGACAAGAAGAAUCUGACGCAGCCAGAGAGAAGUUCUUCGUCCCGGAAUCCGACCAUCUCACUUUACUACAUGUAUACACACAAUGGAAAGCUAAUGGCUACUCUGACGCUUGGUGUGUCCGACACUUCCUCCACUCCAAAUCCCUACGUCGCGCCAAAGAGAUCCGCGAACAACUACAGGACAUCAUGACCGUGCAAAAAAUGCCCCUUGUCAGUUGCGGUACAGACUGGGACCUGAUUCGCAAAUGUAUUUGCUCGGGAUAUUAUCAUCAAGCAGCCCGCAAAAAGGGGUUGGGCGAGUUUAUCAAUCUGCGUACUAGUGUCACGGUCCAGUUGCAUCCGACUAGUGCGCUUUAUGGAUUGGGUUAUGUUCCGGAUUAUGUGGUUUAUCAUGAACUUAUUUUGACGAGUAAGGAGUAUAUGUCUACUGUUACUGCAGUGGACCCUCACUGGCUCGCCGAACUGGGCGGCGUAUUCUACUCGGUCAAAGAAAAGGGCUACUCCCACCGCGAAAAGCGCAUUACAGAACACGAAUUCAGCCGUCGAAUGGAGAUCGAGACGCAAAUGGCCGCUGAUCGGGAACGUGCAGCCGCCGAAAAGGAGCGUGAAAAGGAAAGGAAUGAUCCUGUGCGGAGGAAGAGGGAAAUUGAAGUUGGUGUUGGGAUUGGUAGGCCCAGUUCUGCUACUGCUUCUCCUGCUACGAGGCCAUCCUCUGUUGUAAAGAGGCCAGUGAUUGUGGGUGGGAAGAGAGGUGGGUUGACUACGGGAAGUAACAGUAGUGGUGGUGGAAGCGUAGUGAAGAAGCCGGCGGUAGUGCGGCGGCCUGGAGGGAGGGCCUUUUAA